UCUCAUUAAUAUUUAACUUGUCUGUGAUUUGGCCACAGAGUAAAGCGUGGCAAAACCAAAAGGUUGGAUAGUGAAAUUAAAUUUAGAUACAAAAUGAAAUUAAUAUUAAUUAUAUUUUACUUUGUCAUUGUAAGUACAGUUAAUGGAUAUGUUAACAUAGUAAUUCCUGACAGUAAAAAUGCAUUUGACCCUAUACUCUAUGAAGAAGUGUUGGACCCACAACUAUGUCUAGAACAAAUGAGAAUCCUGGUAAAUAACUCUGCUGUGCUGAGUCAAUUUUUGGAUGCUGGUAUGAGAACACCAAGGGGCAUUCUAAAAGGGAAUCUUGUUGAUUUCGGAAAUUAUUAUCAAUGUUUAGAGAUUAAUGAAAAUGUAGAAAAUACGAACAUAGAAGGCAAAUACUGUAAGAUAUCGGUGCCUCUGGAACAAGAAAUAAACUGGCCAACAUUGCCAGAUUGGGAGAGGCCAAACAUAACAUUCCCUGAAAAUAUUACUUGGCCUGAACUGCCUUGGACAGGUCGUAGCUCAUACAGCAAUAGUCUCAGUAAAGAAACUAUUGAAAUAAUAAAGAAUUUUCAAACUUUGAAGACUCAGAGCCGUCGCUUGUUUGGUGUAAAAGUGGAAACUUUUGAUGAACCUGACGUAUUGUUAAUGCCUGAUGCGGCAUUUACCUUAGCCCUAUGUAUUCCAAAGCCAUGUACCACUCGCGAAGUUCUGACUAACUUUCUGGGUCACUUAGAGGGGCUAGGUCUACAAUACAGAGAAACGGCUUGUCGGCUGCCCAAUGACAAGCGGUGGGUUGCAGCAGACUAUACGGCUAUAGUAAUCUUUUCUAUUCUUGGCCUUUUGGCUAUCAUAAGCACCAGUUACGAUAUACGUCAGACAAUUAUUCUUAAACGAGAACCAAAAUCUGUUAACAAACUCUACCAAAGCUUCUCCGUCUAUACGAAUACUCGCAGACUACUUACGUUCAACCCAACGCCUGGAGCCUUAGAAUGUUUAGACGGAGUACGAUCUCUUGCUAUGAUUUGGGUUAUUAUUGGUCACACCUUUGUAAACCAGUUGGUGGGGUCAGAUAUGGCGAACCCGGCUGAUAUGCUGCAGUGGAUUAUGUCGUUCAAUGCCGUGUGGAUUACAGCUGGUCCUAUCACUGUGGACACUUUCUUCAUGAUCAGUGGUGUCCUUGUGGUCUAUUCUACAGCCGGAAAGGUUACUAGAACGAAAUUCAUCAAGAACGUCCACUUAUUCUACCUGAACCGCCUGUUCCGUCUGUUCCCCGUGUUGGCAGCAGUCAUUCUGCUGCAGGCCUCAAUCUUCAACCGCAUGACUGACGGUCCCCGCUGGGAAACAGUCGCGGAACACACAAGAUUCUGCCGAGCAAACUGGUGGUCCACGCUGCUGUAUAUACAGAAUUAUUACAACCCUUCGCAAAUGUGUUUACCUCACUCGUGGUACCUGGCUAUAGACUUCCAGAUGUUCCUGAUCUCCCCAAUCUUUCUUUUCUGGAUUGUAAGCGGCAGAAAGCGGGCUGCCUGGUUAACUUUAAUCACUGGCCUUCUGAUGUCUUUGAUUGGAGCUACCGUGUACAACUUUAUAAUGGAUUUCCCCUCCGUUAGUAUGAGUUUCUCUCGACCAGACGACCGAACGUAUUACGUCCAUUACUACUACGUGAAUACAUUAACAAGAAGCUCUCCAUUCUUCGUGGGCAUGAUUUAUGGAUACAUGCUCCACAUGUACAGGGGGAAAAAAUUAAGCAUGUCAAAGGUACAAACUGCAGUCUUAUGGGUCUUGGCUAUAGGUAUCAUCAUUGCAGUAGUGUGCACCCAUCAACCUCUGAUGCAAUCGGACUGGGACAACCAGUUGGCAGAUAACUUUAUCAACUCGUUCAUGAGACCCGUCUGGGCCCUGGCAGUUGGAUGGAUUGUGUUCGCUUGCUCUAAAGGUUAUGGAGGUCCAGUCAAUUGGAUACUGUGCCUUCCCAUGUGGAAACUUCUCGGUCGUCUCUCCUACGCAAUGUACAUCGUUCACUUUCCACUGAUGUUCGUGUUCAAUGGAACUGCCCUUGCACCUAUUUAUUUCUCUGUUGAAUUCUCGAUUCACAGAUUCACAACAGACUUCAGUUUGGCGGUGAUGUCGGCGUUCCUCAUCACCUUGUUUGUGGACUCGCCGUGCUCGACCCUCAUCAAGAUGUUAUUAGGAGGUGGCGCUAAAGGAUCCCCGCAACUCAAGGUGGCAACUGAUCAGUUGGAAAAUGGUAAAACUGAUGUCGAUUUCAGACCAAAUCAAGAACUGAAAACAGCUUUUUAAAAUUAAAAAAAGGAAUAGGAGAAUUAGUUUUAAUAUAGGUAAUUAAGCCAUAUCUGUAAGUAAUCACCAUUAAUCUUUCAGGAAUAUCAUGAAUGUAAUAAGAUUUAGCAUCAUCUUUCUUAUCAUUUAUAUUAAGAUAUCAUAAAUGAUAAGAAAUAUGUUAAUCAUUAUUUUAUGUAACAGUGACGA